AUAACUGUAUACGUUUCUUUAACAGUCAGGUUUCGUUUAAAGUUCGGAAAACCCGCUAAAAUAGGUUUUAUUUUGAAGGGUUUGAUUGGAAGCGGAGCGGCGGGAUCACGUCAGAGGCCGUGACCAUGACGACAACAGCGAGGAGCUCAGUGUGACAGAUGUUUGAGGAGACGCCGCUGAACGCGGAGGAGAAGCGGAGCCGCAGUAAGAGUAGCGGGAGGAGAGCGGGUUGCGCGUGGAUCUCUCACCGCGGAGGAGAAGCGACGCUCGGCCAAACAUGUCUGGGGAAAAAGCGGCGGCGUCCUGCAGCAAGUUCCAGGCGAACAUUUUUAAUAAAAGCAAAUGUCAGAACUGCUUCAAGUCCCGCGAGCUGCAUCUGCUCGGCGACCGCGACCUGGAGCAGGCGAAACCCAUCUACGCAGGCUGGCUGUGUUUGGCUCCUGAGGGGACAGAUUUUAACAACCCGAUGCAGAGGUCGAGGAGAUGGCAGCGGCGCUUCUUCAUCCUGUACGAGGACGGCGGCCUGAGCUUCGCUCUGGAUGAACUGCCCAGCACUUUGCCACAGGGGACGGUGAACGUGAACGUGUGCACAGACAUCUUCGACGCCGAGCCCAGGACGGGCCAGAAAAACGCCCUCUGCAUCGUCACCCCGGAGCAGAAAAUAUUCAUCCGCGGUGACAAUAAAGACAUCAUUAAUGGGUGGAGCGAACAGCUCGCGGUUUAUCUGCGGACCAACAAACAGAAUCAGAAGAAGAAACGCAAAGUCGAACCUGUGGCCAAUCAGGAGCCCAGUCCAGCAAAGAUGGCAGCGACAGAUCCGAGUUUUCCAUCCUCGGGGAGGGACCGUGCAGAGUCCGGCCAGUGGCAGGAAGACCAGCGGGACGAGGGACCAGAUGUGACCCCCAUCUGGACUGUCACUGACAGGGAUCCUCCGGGCCCUGAGCGGACCCCUGCAGGCAGCACCUCCUCCUACCUGUGCCCGGACUCCAGGGACGCUCUGACCUCAGACGGCACUGCCAGCUUCGGCGGCUCCGCCGGCUCUUUGGACUUGGCUGCCUCUGAAAGCUCCGACACCGGCAGUAACAACGAGCUGGCUGAACCCAACAACAUCCAAACAUCAGCAAACAACAAGAACCAGACGCAGGACAAGAGCCAUGACAGGUUGGCAGAGAGGCUGCUGGGAUUGGAGGCCACCAGGAAAUUGCGGGAAAUAGGUCUCCUGCCCGUCUCUAGGACGGGCAGGAGCGAGGCUCGUACCAGCAAACGAGAGAAACUUCAGUCAUGUGGAGACUCAUCCUCACUCGGUGCUCCCCCUCCCCAGAGAAGAGCCAAAUCUCUGGACCGCAGGACGUCAGACACGGCCACGACGCCAGAUUUAUUAAACUUCAAGAAAGGCUGGAUGGUCAAACUGGAUGAAAACGAGCAGUGGAAGAAAUACUGGUUUGUGCUGUCGACUGACAGUCUGAGAUACUACAAGGACUCGAUCGCUGAGGAGGCUUCAGCUCUGGAAGGAGAGAUCGACUUAACGAAGUGUUACAAUGUGUCUGAGUACCAGGUGCAAAGAAACUACGGCUUUCAGAUCCACACCCUGAAGGGCGUCUUCACAGUGUCGGCAAUGACCGCGGGGAUACGAAAGAACUGGAUCCAGGCGCUGAUGAAGAACGUCCAUCCGGCCAGCGCCCCUGAUGUGGCCAGUUUACCUGGCCAACACGUUCCCUGCAGCCCACCUGAGGUCCUUCCCAAACCAGACGUGACUCGGGACUCUCCCUCCAUUGACGGCCCCUCAGAGAGCGACCCUCACACCAAAAACAACAGUGUGACGGAAAGACGGCGAGAAGGCCGCUACAAAACCUUCGACUGGGCUGAGUUCAGGCCUCAGAGCAAGCCGGCAGCGGACGCCAACGCACAGAAAUCUCCCUGCUCGCUGGAGCUGGGUGACGUGGAGCGAAGGAAGCGGCGCGAGGAGAGGAGGAAACGGUAUGAGAAGAUGCUGGGCUUCUCUCUGAUAGAAAAGGAGGGCAGCGUCCGAGCACUGAGUCCGAAAUCGCAGCAAAGAGUGGAGGAGGAGAUAGAGGAGUGCUGGAAGCAGGUGGAGAAGACGAUGUUCAGACCGGAGAGGACGGUCCCGCUAUUUACCGAAGAGAGAGACACAGAGGAGGUGGAGAAGAUGCUGCACAGCUACAAGAAGGCGGUCGAAGAUCUGAAGGUUCAGUUGGAGGAGUCGGAGCGUCGCAGGCUUGAACAGGAAGCUCAGCUCAGUGCAGAAAGAUUUCAGCAGCAGCAGCAGCAGCUGGAUUCUCCCGUCAGCCCUGAAACAGAUUUCUGCCUAUCAGAUAUUAAAGAAAAGCAGCUUAAAGGCCCGACAGAGAGCCUGAGAGAUGUGUACAGAGAGCUCCUGCAGCAGCAGAGCAUUAUCAGACAGAACAUGAAGGAGCAGCUCGGCCAAGAACCACCUUCAUCAGCACCACAGCUGCCCGGCAUCUGGCUGCAUGAUACGGGGGGCAAGCUCCAAGAACUGGAGGAUUUAUUAUGUGAGACGGCAGCUUCACCUUUACUGUCACCUGCAUCGGACAGCGAGCGCUCUCAGAGUGAUGGAUGCGUUUUGGGAAUGAACUUUGAUAAAGUGACAACCGACAUCCAGAACCAGCUGGACACAGAGCGCCAUCAGCUGUUUCCCACCUCAGAAACACAGAUAAAUCACUUUAGCUCAUGGGCUCUGGAAGAGCCUGCAAAGGGAGACAACUCCCUGCUGAAGCAGGUGGCUCCUGAUCAGGCGACCCUGAGGAAGCUUUCCCAGGAGAUGGAGCUGCUCACAAGCCAGAAUGAGGCUCUCAACCAGCGAAACCAGGAGAUGCUGAACCAGCUGACGGAGGCAGACCGUGAGAUAGAAAGGCUGAAGGCGGAGCUCAGCAGCCGGUACACAGAGCCCCAUCACCUCCCUGAGGUGGAGCAGGAGGGCAAGACAAGGGUAGAAGAUCUGGAGAUGGAGCUGAGCUUGAGGAACCAGGAGCUCCAGGAGGCCCAGACUCUGAUCACCUCCUUGGAGGAGAACCUGAGGGCGACGGAGGUGUUGCUGCAGCUGAGUGACCCGACGGUACAGGAAGAAAACAAGAACAGAGCUGAGAAACAGGAGGGGUACCUGCUCCGGUGUUUCGAAGUGACCGAGGCCAAGCUGACGGAGCUGGAGAGGCAGCUGGACCAAUCAGAGCUGACCUGCAGAGAGCUGCAGGAAGUGGAGAAACUUUACCGUCAAAGAGCUGCAGAGGCAGAGGCUGACAUCAGGAGGCUGAAUGAAGAGUUAGAGAAGGAGAGGCUGAAAGGCGGAGACAGAAGCAUUUCUUCUGAAGAAAAGACCCAGAAAGUGAUAGAAGGGAUGGUUGUGAGGCUGAGAGCUUUGGGGAGACUUUUAGAGUCGAUCGACAGGUUGGAUAAAGAAAGUGAGGAGGAGAGUCCUGCAGUGGUCAGCCGGCUGAAGUGGGAGGAAGAGUUUUGGAGUUUGCUGCUGAACAAACUGAAGGAGGAUGCAUCUGAGCUGAAGGACCCAGUAGAUGUGCUGGUUAGCGAGGUGGCAGAACAGAUGAUGUUGGAGAAGCGAAUGUUGCUUGUAGGCCGCCGUCUGCUUCAGACUGAGGAGGCAGCGAGGGAAGGCUGGGAGGGGAGACGUGAGAGCAAGGCUGUGAACGGUUUAAAUAUCGUUUGCAAUAACGUUACAGCGUCAGAAACUGCAGAGACGGAGGAGAGGGGCGUGUUUGAUUCGUGCGACUUUGAGCAUUUUAAAGCCGUCACACAGAUGAAAAUUUCUCUGCUAAACCAGCUCGCCUCCUCCCUCAGCACCGCCGCCGCACGCGAUGAACUCCAGCUGGCCGCAGACAGACUGUACCAUUUUUACUUUUCAGAUCAUCCCUGGAUCGUUUCAUUCGCUCACUCUGCAGCGACCGAAGCUCUGUACCGCUGUCGGUUACGCAGACUUUGGUCAAAAUAUGCAAACUGCUGCGACUGCGUCAAACUCCGGGAGGAAAACGGGGAGCUUAAAGCAAAACUGUCAAACCUCGAACAGCAGCAAGCAUCUAAGAUGAACGCAUGCUGCCAGACAGAUGAGAUUUCUCCACAGGAUACAGACCAGCAGAGCACAGAGGGAAGCACUGCACAGGAGAAUCAAGAAGAAGAGGAGGUGGCUUCGCUCGAUGAGAUGGAAAUCCCACAGAAGGUCUCAGAUGAAAAAUUAGGGGAGAGUGAUGUAGCAGAUGGAAACAUGGAGUUAAUUUCAGCUCUGAGAGUAAAAGUGAAAGAGCUCGAGGAGCAGCUGACUGCCAUAGCGGAUAAAAUGAGUUCAGUGCAGAUGCAGCAUGAGAACGUGAUGGAGAAGCUGAAGGCCACGUGCGAGCGUGGACUCGCCUCCAUGGAGGAGUCUCACCUGAAGGUGGUGGAGGAGCUGCAGCGUCGACACAAACAGGAAGUGGAGCGUCUCCUGGUGGAGAGGGACAGAUUGCUGGAGGAGGAGAGCGCCGCUACUGCGACAGCGAUCGAAGCCAUCAAGAACGCUCACCGCCUGGAGCUGCAGAGGGAGGUGCAGAGGAGAUGUGAGUCCGAGAACAGCAACGGAAACUCAAACCUGGAAGACGUCCACAGGCAGCACAGUGAGGAGCUGGCGUCCUGCCAGCGGGAGCUCGAGGUUUUAUCGCAGCAGUUUUCUCUCAAGUGUCUGGAGAACGGACAUCUGGUCCAGGCUCUGGAUGCCGAGAGGAAGGCCCUGUGUCAGUGCCAGCAGGAAAACCAGGACCUGAGGACCAGAAACCAGGAGCUGAGCGGCCACCUGGCAGCAGAGAUCACCAGACUGUGUUCGCUGGCCAAACAGGACGCUCUGCCGCUCAGUCAGGGGAUGGACGUGUACGAGAUGGAGAUCACGCUGCGAGUGAAGGAGUCUGAGGUCCAGUGUCUGAAGCAGGAGAUCACGUCUCUGAAGGAUGAGCUGCAGUCAGUGCAAAGGGACAAGAGGAACGUGACAAAGAAGUACAAGGACAUGUAUACGGAGCUGAGCAUCGUGCGGGCGAAAGCAGAGCGAGAGUCGGACGAGCUGAGAGAAAACCUGAGGCUGGCUCAUCGGGCACUGGGACGUACGUCACCGUGACGACUCAUCCGUUUUAUUUCUUCAGUGUAUCCUGACCUCACCUUUACUUCAGAUUUUAAUAGAAAUAAAGAUGUUUGUACUGCUUUAACCUUUGUGACACUGAAUCUGUGAUGCGUUUGUUUUUACUGAAUACUAUCAUAAAAAAAAAAACUGUAAAAUAUUUUUUAAAUCUUUUAAAUUAAACUAAUUUUUUUUUUGCUGAUACAGCUGCACUGUAAUUUAUAUUUAUAUUCAGCCAUUAAUGCUGCAGUGAUAAUG